AUGCCAGGCCUUCCUGGUUCACCAGGUCCUGUAGGAAUAAUUCAAGAUACAGGUGACAUGGAAAAUGUGGAAUCCAUUGCAAGACAUCGUGAAGAAGACAUUCGUACUAUGAUUCAGCGUCAUUUACUCACGCAUAUCUACAAUCCAUCACAAUUUGUUAGAGGUCGAACACCAUUAGUUUCUUCUGCACCUUAUAUUCCAUAUGCUCAAUUAUCAGCAGGAAUGCCUGGACAAUCUGGCAUCGAAGGUCAACAAGGUUUACCGGGUCCACAAGGUGUCAUGGGUGAAUAUGGUAUGAUUGGAGAUCGAGGUUAUCCUGGAGCUGUUGGACCACCAGGUUUUAUGGGACAAAGAGGAAGAAUUGGACGAAAAGGAAGUAUUGGGAGAUUUGGCCGGAAAGGUGAGAAAGGUAUUAAAGGUGUUCAGGGAGAGACUGGCUUGAUGGGUAUUCGUGGUAUUAUUGGUAUCAAAGGAGAAACUGGUUCAAUAGGAGAAAAAGGAAGGAAAGGAGAUAUGGGAAUUCAAGGAGAAAAAGGUUGUACAGGACAACAAGGAGAUCAAGGACCACGUGGAAAGAUUGGUAAUCGAGGCCAACUAGGACUCGUUGGUGAGCAAGGUGAUCAAGGAGCAAAAGGCUUACAAGGAUCAAUUGGUCCAGUUGGUGAUCAGGGUGACAAAGGUCAAAAAGGUACCCCAGGUGAACAAGGUUCAAAAGGUUUACAAGGAGAGCAAGGACCAAUUGGCCGAAGAGGCAAUAAAGGUACACGUGGACAAAUGGGUAUCCAAGGUUCGAUUGGUGAAAAGGGUAAUAUUGGUGGUAUUGGUAGCAGAGGUGAACGUGGAAAGAAAGGAGAAAAAGGUGUUCGAGGCACUCAGGGAAUUCAAGGAGACAUUGGUAUUCAAGGACAACAGGGAUUCACGGGCGACGAAGGCUCUGUAGGAUUUAAAGGUGAAAAAGGUUAUGAAGGUGAUGAAGGUGAAGUUGGUCCAGAUGGAGAUAAGGGAAUGCAAGGUAUUAAAGGAGACAAAGGUAAUGUGGGAGCCAUUGGUUUCAAGGGAAUUACAGGAAACCAAGGUAUUCAAGGUCAAAUAGGGUCUAUAGGAAAUCGUGGUGAUAAAGGCAAUAAAGGAUUUGAAGGAGCAGAGGGUAUUCCAGGUCCUGUUGGUGAUCGUGGUUUUACUGGAAGAGAAGGUCCUGCAGGUGAAAAAGGUGAUAAAGGAGAUCUAGGUGAAAAAGGCGAAAAAGGUUUUGAUGGACCACAAGGAAUUAUUGGUGAACAAGGUGUACAAGGACCUGUCGGAGAUCAAGGUAUAAAAGGUUAUCGUGGUAUCAAAGGUGAAUUAGGAGUUAUAGGAGAAAUAGGUCCAAAGGGCAUCGAAGGCUCGAUUGGAAUAACUGGUUUCAAAGGAACACACGGUGAUAUAGGCAUUCGUGGAAACCAAGGAGAUCAAGGUGAUCAUGGUAUUAUUGGUGAUAGAGGCAAACAAGGUUUACAGGGAGUAAUUGGUCCAAAAGGCAUUACUGGUAUCGUUGGAAAUAUAGGAAAUAGAGGACCUAUGGGUCAAAUUGGUCAAAAAGGAAUAAAAGGAGAUACAGGUGAUCAAGGAAGAAUCGGUGAUAUUGGUCCAAUAGGACCAACAGGUGAAAAAGGUUCGAAAGGAGUUACUGGUGAUAUUGGACCAAAAGUCGGUUCGACAGGUGAUAUAGGUAGAACAGGACCAAAAGGAAGUACGGGUAGUCAAGGUCCUCAAGGAAACGUAGGAUUACAAGGUCAAAUAGGAGGAAAAGGUUCAAAAGGUGACACUGGUAUUAAUGGCACAAAAGGAAAUGUUGGUAUUACCGGUGUUGUAGGUGAACAAGGAACCGAAGGCGAAAAGGGAGUCAUUGGUGCAAAAGGACAGGAAGGUCAAAAAGGUAAACGUGGACCAAUAGGGCCACAAGGUAACAAAGGUUUAGAAGGAGAUAUUGGCGCCAUUGGUGAUCAAGGAAUACAAGGAUUAAUUGGAUCGGAAGGUAUAGAUGGUGUAAUCGGAGAUACUGGAAUUAAAGGCAUUAAGGGAGCUGUGGGAGAAAAAGGUAAAACAGGACUUGCAGGUCUAACAGGCGAUAAAGGAGAACAGGGAAGUAAGGGUAUUGUUGGUGGACAAGGCAAUACAGGUGCUAAAGGUUAUGAAGGACCCAUUGGUUUACCUGGUCUUUCAGGACCUCGUGGUCUUACUGGUAUUAUUGGUGAAAAAGGUUACGGUGGUACUCGUGGAAGCAAAGGUCCUAUUGGUCUUCCAGGUGAACUUGGAUUAGCAGGUGAUGAAGGUCCAACUGGAGAUAUUGGAUCACCUGGAGAAGUUGGCGCAUCUGGUAGUCCAGGUAAUCCAGGUCAACGAGGACCUCGUGGUGAUGUUGGAAGUCCAGGUCCAGCUGGUCCUCCUGGUCCUUCAAGUGCAUCAUCUACAACAUUGACUACAGCUAAUUUGAUGAAUCUUUUUACUACAAGUACUCAGAUAGCACAAUUAUUCAACGUACCAUUGGAUAGAUAUAAACAUACUGAUUUUUCAAAUCGAUUUAAUAACAAUGAAAAUCCAAUGGUAACUGCUUCAAGAUUUCUGGACAAUCUCAAACGUCUCUCGAAUGAUAUUACAUUAAAAAUUAAACCUGAUGGAAGUCAAAUGCAUCCUGCUCGAAGUUGUCGUGAUAUUGCUGAUUAUUAUCCAGAGAAAUUAAAUGGACUUUAUUUUAUUGAUCCAAAUGAAGGUUCAAAAAUUGAUGCUCUACUUGUUUAUUGUAAACUAACUGAACGAUUAACAUGUGUCAAUUCAACAAAUGGAUUAAUUCAAUCAAAUAUUUUUUUAAGAAAUCGAAUUCAUUAUGGUAAACAUAUUCGAUUAAUGGGAGAUCUUCUACAACAAUCAGAAUUUAACUAUGAUAUUGAAACAAAUCAAUUACGUUUUCUUCGAAUGCUUUCUGAACAAGCUUCACAAAAUAUAAUAUUCAAUUGUCAUAAUACAAAUAUUGAUAUAUCAAAUCAUGAUGUUAAAUUAAGAACUAAAAAUGGUAUGAUUUAUCAAAUGUAUUCAUUCAAUGAUGAUUCAUUACGAUAUAACAUAAUUCAAGAUCAAUGCAAACAUUCUCGUGGUCAAACAAUUCUAUCAAUAUCAACAAAUAAAUCUGUACGUUUACCAAUUAUUGAUAUUGAAUUACUAAAUAAUUUCAAUCAAAAUGAAGAUUUUACUAUAAAUAUAGGACCUGUUUGUUUUACAUAA